UUCGACUAGGCCUAGUCGUAGCGGCGGCCAGCGGGAGGGCGUAGCCGUAGUCUUGGCCCACGUCAUUCUGUGCCCCGGGUCAGGUCACCGCCCGGAGGGUAUGGGAAGAGAAAUGAAGAAGACUGGUACUCCCAGACCCUUCCGUAUCGAGGACCCCAAUCAACAACCCACCUGGCAUGAUCAACCAGAGAUGAGGUCCCACUAUUUUGCCCAGGCUGGUCUUGAACUCCUGGGCUCAAGCAAUCCUCCUCCCUCAGCCUCCCAAAGUGCUGGGAUUACAGGUGUGAGCCACUGUGCCCAGCCCGGAGAACAUGAUCUUAACCAUACUGUCUCCCAAGUGAAAGAUUCUGUCUUUCUAAGACAUCUGGAGUCAGACAGACCUGAGUUCAAGUCGUGCCUUCCUCCCCACUUUACUGAACCUUCAGUGAGUCUUUCUACCUCAGAAGGCUGUGAGGAUGCCAUGGGGUAA